AUGCUUCUUUCCCUCCUCUCCCUCCCAUCUCUCGUCUCAGCUCAAACCAACACCUCCUCACAAUGUAUCCCGCGAACUCUACAUCUCAGUGACCCCCCCUACGAAAACUACUUCUACUCCGACUGCAACACCGACGCGCAAGUCGUCGUGACCAGCCCCCUGCCUGACAGUAACCUCAGCAUAAUCGGACCUCGUCUCAUCGUCGCAUGGCCAGCAGGCAACAGCGGCAUAUGCACAUUCUUCCAACCGCAAAAGGACAAGAAUGGCACAUUGGCAGUUGAGCUGGUCAAUUCAACCUAUGGCGAGCCCCUCGGCGCGGUGAAUGCCAAGACUAAUGCGUCCUCCAGGUAUCCCUCUGUUGGCGUCCAAGGUAUCUUGUCGUUCAACAACUCUGCCGAGAUAGCAGUAGCUAUUCUGGGCAGUGUUCGAAACAUUCGAGAUUUCACAGAGGGACCGAGUCUCUUGAGUCCCGUGAUUCAAGAUGCUGUCAGGGUGAAAAAGUACAACGGGACGGGGGUGCAGUUGUCGCGCGUGUGGCUGGAUAACGUUACCACGACGACGUUUACAAUGGUUCCUUGGAAGAAUGCAAACAACAAAAUCAGCAUCUCUAAUACGACCGUCACGUUCGGUUCAGGAUUCUAUUACUUCUCCACGCAUUUCAACUAUCCGCAGCUGAAACAGCUCGAGCCAAAACAGAUUCUGAACAACCAGUCUCAGAGACUUACCAAACAGGACCCAAGGCAAGUGAACUCACUCUCCUUCUUCUCCUACACGGAGAAACUCCUCGCAGGAGGCUGGAGAUUCCUCACCUACUUUGGUCGUGAUACCCUCAUAUCCGCACUCUUGUUACAGCCUGUUCUCAGCACGGGUAACGGCUCAGCAAUGGAAGCUGUCAUUGGCGCAGCUCUGGAACGCGUUAACAGAACAGAUGGGUCGGUAUGCCACGAGGAAACCAUUGGUGAUUACGCGACGUUUGUCAAUUUACAGAAGAAUAUCACUUCUACUGCGGCGGGAUUCACAUAUCCCAUGAUUGAUUCGGAUUACUACCUCCCCAUCACGAUGGACAAGUACUUCCAGUCUGAAUCGCGCCGAAUCAAGCCGCUACUCGCUACAAAGGCUGGCGUCGUCAACAUCGACAACAAGAACCUCACCUGGGGACAGUUAGCGUACAUCAGCGCCCAAAAGAUCAUGAACAUAACUGCUGCGUUUGAGAAGAACCAAUCUGUUGGGAACUUGAUCCAUCUCAAGGACGGAGAGGUAGUUGGUCAAUGGCGUGAUUCUACAUACGGUAUUGCGAAUGCCCGUAUUCCGUUUGAUGUGAAUUGCGCGUUGGCCCCGGCCGCAUUGUACUCUAUUUCCCGACUAGCCGGUAUGAGUGGUGUGUAUCCGAAUAAUUCUGUUACCAGAAACUGGGUGGAUGUUGCUGCAAAGAGAGCAAAGGUCUGGGAGAGCGACACACUCAAGUUCUUCCAGUAUAAUAUUACUCUAGAGACGGCUCGUUCUCGACUAAGCAAUUACACUAAGAAGAGUACAUUUUACAAAGGCCCCACGAAUGCAAAUUCCCUGGGAAAUUACUCAUCCGCCGGACAAAUCAUCGACUACGGCAUCGCGAUAAACAGUACCUCAACACCAGAUGUCAUCACCAUCAGCCACACGGAUACAGCCUUCAGACACUUCCUCCUCAAUGACACACAUGACACCCAACUCACAACAUUCAUAAACGCCUCUGCCAAUGCCAUCCUUCGCCCCUUUCCCGCAGGGCUAACCACGCCCUUCGGUGCUGUGGUCGCCAACCCUGCGCUCUCAGGCCAAGAUGUCCUCGUUGCCAACUUUACAAAUUCCGCUUAUCACGGCACCGUCAUCUGGAGUUGGCAACUUGCCCUUAUGGCCAAAGGUUUCGAGAGACAACUUGAGCGAUGUGGUGGAAACUCGACCUCGAACUCAACCUCGAGUGCCUCCACACCAGCCUUCUGCAGAGACAAGUCAGUGUUUGGAGCGCUAAAGAGCGCGUAUAAUCGAUUAUGGGACGUGAUUGAGAAUAAUGAGGAGCAGUUGCAAUCUGAAGUUUGGAGCUGGACGUAUAGCGGAGCUAAGAAUGGAACAGGGGGAGCGUACAAAUUUUCGCCGUUGGGUGUGUUGCCGCCUCCACCGGGUGUGAGUGGGGGAACAGAGAGUGAUGUGAGGCAGUUGUGGAGUUUGACGUUUCUCGCUGUGGAGAGGAAUAAGAAGUAUCGCUAG